GCCUCGGUUAUCGUAGUUGAUAAUAUAAAGGCAUGGGCAACUCGUGCACCAAUCCAAUCGUCAGUCGUAUGUUGAGCAGUGCAAUACGCAGUCGCUACGAAGAGCCGAGCCAUGCAUUUACUCACAGGACUGGUCAUCUGUACAUUCGUCGUCCAACGGAGCUCGUGUUAUUUGGAUUUGGAGGAUUGGGACAACAACUUUGACGAGAAGCUUGACUUCAAAUGUCCAUUCCGUAAUCAGUUCAUUUCAACCGUAGUCAGCGUACACCAUAAUGGCGCUGAGGAUAGACGGUUCAAAUUGAAUUGCCGAAACAUCAUUUCUGGUGGAAGAGGAGAUCAGGAUGCAUCCUGUGAAGAUUCAGGAUAUGUCAACGACUGGGAUGGAGUUGUGAACUUCCAGUGCCCAGGAGAUGGGUACAUAAACGGAAUGCAAAGUGUUCAUGACAAUUGGACCGAAGACAGGAGAUGGAGUUUCUACUGCUGCAGCAUGCCUGGUUACAGCCCUUUCCACUGCAAGCAGACAGGGUGGACCAAUGACUUCGAUCGUAUCCAGAACUACCGUGUGCCCGAUGGCUUCAUAAUGACAGGCGUUUAUUCGGAGCAUGAUAAUGGCCCCGAGGACAGACGUUUCAAAUAUAGGAUUUGCAGAGCUGGGGUAAAAUAAGUGUUCCCAUAUACCAAAUCCUCAACUAUUGCUGCUACUACGUUGGAUUUCUUUUGUUUAAAUCAAACAUUGGAAUUGGCUGCAUAAGAAUAAGAAAGACGAAAAAGAAAAAAUAUUUUAAGACAAUUCACGUAAUAAUUGGCAGGCGUAUUAGCGUCUUGUCCAGUGGCAAAUAUUAUGUGCAGUUCUUUUGUAAUGUAUGUAUGUAUUUUCCAGCAAUAAAUAUGUUUUU